AUGGAGCCCAUCUUUUCCGCUCAGAACAAGAUUCGCCAGAAUCUUGGACUGAAGAAGGUCAAGGCGAUCCGCAACACCAACUACAAAGCUUCAGGCACCAAGUCUUACGUCUACCUUCUCAACCGUUUUGGUUUUCAGCCCACACAACCUGGGCCAUAUGUUCAUCACAAAAAGGUUGUUCAGAGGGGUCUUGCUCCGGAAGGUUUCAAGAAGCCUGUUGGUGGCCGUCUCCGCCAUGAACGCGUCCUCGUCAAGAAGAUAGGCGAUGGCGACCAGAUUGGGGAUGUGACGGCCGAAGACCAGCAGAACGACUCCAUGUACUUAUGCGAAGUUCAAAUCGGCACACCAGCUCAGACAGUCAAGCUAGAUUUUGAUACCGGCUCGGCUGAUCUCUGGGUCUUUUCCACUGAGCAGAGCAAGUCAACCCAGAAGGGACACGAAGUUUUCGACCCUACCAAAUCCUCGACCUGGAAGGAGCUCUCAGGAAAGGCAUGGAAGAUCUCUUACGGUGACGGAUCCAGCGCAUCUGGUGAUGUUGGUACCGAUACCGUGUCCAUUGGUGGCCUGAAAGUUGAAAACCAGGCCGUUGAGCUGGCAAAGACCAUGUCGGCGCAGUUCUCUCAAGGUACCGGCGAUGGUCUUCUUGGAUUAGCUUUUGGCACAAUCAACACCGUCACAUCUGGUGGCCAGUCCGACCCUCAACCUACUCCUGUUGAGAAUAUGAUCACCCAGCAGGAUAUCCCAAAGGCAGCCGAACUCUUCACCUCUGCGUUCUAUAGUGAACGUGACCAGAAAAACGAGUCGUUUUACACUUUCGGCUACAUCGAUCAAGACCUCGUUGCUGCGUCUGGCGAGGAAAUUCACUGGACAGAUAUCGAUAAUUCGCAAGGCUUCUGGCAAUUCUCUUCUGCAUCAUACUCUGUCAACGGCAAGUCAACAACCUUGAGUGGCAACACCGCCAUUGCCGACACAGGCACCACGCUCGCUCUGGUCUCGGAUGAUGUUUGCACUGCUCUCUACAAGCAGAUCAAGGGCGCCAAAUACGAUGAUCAACAGCAGGGAUGGACCUUCCCGUCCAACCUCAAGGCCGAUGAUCUUCCAGAUUUCAGUGUCGCUGUUGGCGACAAGGAGUUUGUCAUUCAGAAGGAGGAUCUCGCCUUUGCACCAGUCGAUGAGAACACUUGGUAUGGUGGCGUCCAGAGCCGAGGUGAUCUUGGCUUUGACAUCCUUGGUGACAGCUUCUUGAAGAGCAUCUAUGCCAUCUGGGACCAGGGCAACAAGCGCUUUGGUGUUGUACCCAAAAUUGAGAAGACCCAGAACUUGACACCUCCUACUACAUCGUCGUAG